AUGCGUGUCUUUCUGUACGCUCUAUACCUUUCUAUCAUCCCCCUUUCGGAUGCAGCAGAUAUCUACCUUGAUCCAAAGGGACUGGAUAGCAACCCUGGGUCAGCUGGGAAACCUGUUAAAAGCAUUAAGAAAGCACAAGAGCUUGCCCGAGAACUCAUCUCAUCCACUGACGACUAUAUUACUGUGCAUUUCAGUCCAGGCACUUGGAUGAUUGACGAGCCAAUCUCAUUCACCGGAAACGACUCUGGCAUCAGCGGUGCCACAGUUAAAUGGGUUGGCUCUGGAUCUACAAUCUCUGGAGGUCUCGAGAUCACAAAUUGGGUUGAAGGCGAUGACGGAAUAUGGUCUGCUUCGGUUCCCUCGGGAACCAAUUCCCGCAAUCUUUUCGUAAACGGGUUUGCUGCUCAAUAUGCCAGACGACAGAUUCAUAACCGGAAGGACUUUAACUACACUAAGGUUGGAAUGACCUGGAAUAGCUCAGAUUAUGACUGGAUCAUGGAGACUCCUGGUAUUGAGAACGGUGAGCUUCGUGCAAUCAACUCCUUCACUGAUCGGAUCGCACUCAUCGACACAGUUGAAGAUAGGGUGCUCAAAAUGAAGAGUCGGAUAUGGGCCAACCAAAUCAUUGGCUACGACCAGAUUGCAGAACCGUUUUGGGAUGGGGGCAUGUGGAUUCAAAACGUCAAGGCUUUCCUAACUGACGGUGGUCAAUUUUACCUCGACAGAAAUGAGUCGAUUGUCUAUUAUAAGCCAUUAGAAGGCGAUGAUAUGGCGAACGCCUCGACCUAUCUUGGCAUCCAAGAGGCCCUAUUGGCUAUUGGGGGAACAUAUGAGGAGCCAGUUCACAACUUGCACUUUGAAGGGAUUACUUUUCAACACAGCACAUGGCUGAAGCCGGAUAUCUACGGGUACAUAGACCAGCAGACCGGCGGCCACAUGGGAAAUGACAGUCUAUGGCCCGAGUUUGAAGCUUCAAGACCUCAUUGGUGGCAGAUGCCCAGCGCGAUCCAGAUCAGUGCGGCACACAACAUCAGCAUGCAAUCUUGUACUUUCCGUGAGCUUGGUGCUGGAGGCAUCGGUGUUGGGAACGAUAAGAACGCUCACUUCACUGGGAUCGGACUUGGUGGACACAACAUCAAUAUCUCCGAUAACUAUUUCACGCAGGUGAUGGGCAACAGCAUCACUGUGGGAGGCAUACAAGCCGAUGCACAUCACCCAUCAGAGUCAGAAAUGCUUCUGUCACACAUCCACGUGUCGAACAACGUCUUCAAUAACAAUUCAGUUCUCUGGUCAUCCACCGUCCCGAUACUUUUUACAUACACGCAAUUUUCUUCCAUCACACACAAUGACAUUUACAAUCAUGCAUACAGCGGUGUAUGUCAUGGUUAUGGAUGGGGAAGCAAUGACGCAGGAGGUAGCGAGGAAUAUAUUAAACGAGGCCUUUACAAGUACCAGCCUAUCUACUAUGAGCCAACAGUAAUGAAGAAUAACCUGAUCGAGGGAAAUCUCAUUCACCAUUUUGGUCAAUCACACACCGACUUUGGUGGUGUAUAUACACUAUCGCAGUCACCAAACACAACAUCCAAUUUUAUAUAUGAUGCAGGAUGGCAGGCUCUAUACCCUGACGAAGCCUCAAGAAAUAUUACUUGGUUUAAUAACCUUGGCUUCACGUCAGGGAAAUAUUAUGCGCCCAACGAUUGGAUUCCCGAGCAGUUGACCGGAUGUAAGCACCUUCAUGAUCCAUAUGUAGAAGAGGCAUUGCUAACAGACCUAGGGAACACCGUCAUUGACAACUGGGGCAAGCUCGGAAUCAAAGAUAACGAAGUGCUAGAUGGGUUUCCGAACUUCUCUGGAAGACGCAACAACACGUUUCUUCGUAACUUUCUCGCCCCCCACGUAAACGCAACAAGCCUUUUGGCACAGAGGGCUGCAUAUCGUGCAGGCGUUAUCCCAUUGAAACGCAAGACAAGACCUGUUACAAACUGCCCUGACAUCGCUGAUGGUCACCUCGAUGUUCGAGUCAAUCGUGGACGCGUCUUUGUUAAUGUGACAAACUUCGACGACGUGGACUUUGUCGAUGUUUCUUUCCAUCUCUCGGGCGCUGGUGUUAUUUUUAAAGAGGAGUAUAGUCCCAGUUUGAUCCCCGCUGAUGAUUAUGCGAUGGCUGUGUAUACAUUCUCGGGUUCACCAGAAGGUAACUACACUGCUAGAGUGAACUAUGUAAACCCCUGGACGCGAUCAUCUAGCCGACAAAAGGAGUUCUCUCUUACCGCUUAG